ACGAACAAAAAAAAAAACAAGAAAAUUGUCAAAAUGUUCAAAAGAAAUUUAUUUUUAUUGCUACCAUUAAAUAAUGUUUUUGAUUAUUAAAUCAUCACAAAAUAGAAACAAACUACUUUUUCUAUACAUUAGCUUAAUAUUAAUUGUAUUUGUAACAGUUGUGUCCCCAGGAGCUAAUGACCUACAUUUUAGCGAUGGGUCAUCUACGGCUGAUGCAAUCGCAGGAGAUGUUUUUUUUGAGAUCUUAGAUCCACCUGAACUUAGAUAUUCAUAUCGCAUUAGACCAGCCAAAGAUUUUGGUACAACUUUCAAUGGAAGUCUCCAAUUCGAAAAAGCUCGUUUGGUUCCUACAGUGCCUUUACAUAGUUGCUCAGAUAUUAUUAAUCACGAGGACAUCGUGGGACAUAUAGCAUUAUCUGAAAGAGGUGAUUGUUCCUUUGUUUUCAAGACAGCUAAGGCUCAGCAGGCUGGUGCUAGAGCAUUGAUUAUUACUGAAUCUGUUGAUAAGUGGGAUGAAUCCCUGGACCAUCUUAUUGAAAUGGUGGAUGACAAAAUGGAGUUAGAUGUGAAUAUACCUGCUGCUUUCCUGCUCGGGCGAAGUGGUGCUACCAUAAUGCGGACGCUGAGACGUCUAAAGAAAAGUUAUGCAAUAAUUAAUUUACCAAUUAAUAUGACACAUGUGCCUAUUAGUAGAAUGAAUCAACCACCAUGGAUUGCAUGGUAGUUUUGUAACUUUGUACUAUAGCUGUGAUUUGUUUUUUUGGGUAUUUAUUUAUUGUUAUGUUACUAGGGCAAUUAAUCAAUAAUUUUACACAGGAUUACACAAUAUAUGCAUUAUAUAUUAUAAUAAUUAAUAAUUUUAACUAUUAGAUAUGGGACUUUAUGAACAUUCGUUGGCUUUAGUAUUCUCUAAGAUUUUUAUGUCCAUAUUUCGCAUAUCUAGCGAAAAAUAGUUAUUUUAAUUAACUUGUACUAUAUAAAACUUACAUUAAAAGACUUCAGCUUGUUUAAUUAAAGACACUUGAUCGAAAGUUACUUAAGGCAUAUGUUGUAUACAUUUCCAAAUAUAGGAUCAAUACCACUACUAUUUACUCCUAGCCUAAGCCUUGGAAUGCUCUGAACAUGAUAGCAGUAACAGGUUUCAACCACCAUUCAGAGUGACUCUCCUAAUAUUUGGUACAAUUCUAGUUUUCUUGUAUAUUCUUGAAUUGUCUCUUUAAACUUGCUUAGAAAAUAGAUAGCAAAAUCUCCUGGAUCUUGGGAGACUUAAUAAUUAUUUCUUUUUUUCACAAUUCUUGUAAUUGACAUGAAACUCAUAUUCUCUGAGGUAUUCUUUCUUCUCUGAGUAUCUUGAAUUUCAUUCAUCUAUUUCAUUAAUCUCAUUCUCAUUAAUUGAAUAAUUAAAAUAGUAAAGUAUUAAGACUCAUGGACAAAAAUGUAAGUAUUGCAUCAUAAAGACCAAAUAUAUUUCUAUAUUGAAAAAAAAACACACAUAAAAGUAAGAUUUUUACUCUUUUUUCUUUAUCGCAGUUGAAUAUGUAACCGAUAAUAUCCGCAUUUUAUCUGGAGCUAACUAUAGAUUUGGUUAAAUAACGGUGGCUAACGAGUUUUUUUUACAAUACAAUGAUCCGUCCGCAAAAUGGGAGACUAUGGUAAUCAAUAUGUAUACAGAUGUCAGUACUCACUAAAUGUAUAUUCAUUACAUUCUUACAUAAAAUUAAAACUGAUUACCAAAGACUGUCUUCCAAUUAAGUGUUUUAAAUAUAUCUAAAGCUAAAUAGCUAGCUAAUAGUAUUACAUUUAUAAAAUCUUCAGCCCAUUUUAUAGUGAUUAUUCCCUCAAUGGAUAGAUAUCAUAUGUAAUAAUCUUUAUAGCAGAGAUAACUUUUUGAAAGAUACCAUUUUAAAAUGUAUAUUUUUUGAUAAAACAAAAGCAGCUUAUUCAUAGAUAUAUACAAUUUAUAGCAAUCCAUCAUAUGAAAUAGCAACAGUCCUUAUAUUCACGGUUGUGACUUUGUUGUAUAGUCAUCAUCGGACCGGAAUGAGGUAAGUGUGGUGUCAUAAAAUGUUAUGUCCUAGUACCUGUCAAAUGUCGUUUAAUAAAAA